CGGACGUUCUGACUUGACUAGUGGUGUUUCUGCGGGUGCUGAACGAGGUGGAUAGUAGCCGGAUAGAAAUCUAUAAAGAUGGCCUCAGCAACAGCAACCUACGGGCAGAAGGAGUCUUCGGACCAAAACUUUGACUAUAUGUUCAAGAUCCUCAUCAUUGGCAACAGCAGUGUGGGCAAAACCUCCUUUUUGUUCCGCUACGCCGAUGACUCCUUCACACCGGCCUUUGUCAGUACGGUGGGCAUUGACUUCAAGGUGAAGACCAUCUACAGGAAUGACAAGAGGAUCAAAUUGCAGAUCUGGGACACGGCAGGGCAGGAGCGUUACCGCACUAUCACCACGGCCUACUACCGAGGAGCCAUGGGCUUUAUCCUCAUGUACGACAUCACCAACGAGGAGUCCUUCACUGCUGUCCAGGACUGGUCGACUCAGAUUAAGACGUACUCGUGGGACAACGCCCAGGUGCUGCUGGUCGGGAACAAGUGUGACAUGGAGGACGAGCGAGUGGUGGGAGGAGAUAGAGGCCGGCAGCUGUCUGAACACCUCGGUUUUGAGUUCUUCGAGGCCAGCGCCAAGGACAACAUCAACGUAAAGCAGACCUUUGAGCGCCUGGUCGACAUCAUCUGUGAAAAGAUGUCGGACAGCCUGGACGCCGGAGACCCUGCCGUCACAGGGGCCAAACAGGGGCCCCAGCUGACAGAGCAGCCCGCUCCUCCUCACCAGGACUGUGCAUGUUAAAUCUGACUACUCCCCUCAAACCCUUUAUCUCCCUCUUGCUCUUUGUCCUCCCUCAGCGGGACCCCGAGGCCUUGGGUCAAAUACUCCCAUUACCCUUUACACUCACUUUCCUGCUUCUUUCUGUAACCUAGUAAGGAUGAUUGGCUGAGGGGCACAAGAGCCAGGUUGAAAAGUGUCUGAAAUGCUCUGAGAUGCUAGUGGACCAGUGCUGAGGCGUGUUUGAGUCCGGUUCCUCCUUAUAAAAGAGCUAAAAGGUGGUCUGAAACCAAACCAAGUUCAAUCAAACCAGAUUGUUUCAGACUCUUUGUAAACCAGGUUCCUGAAGGUUCCCGACCCAUCAUUUGUUGUCUCCUUGUUCCUCAGUGUGGUUUUACAAGAAGGAUUUGACGGCGUGCGUCCUCAGAGUGCCAUUUAAAUCCUUCCGGUGUUUACAGUACUUUGUUUCAUGUCAGUCAAAUGUCUUGAUAAGAUGUCGGCCUCGGAUAUGGUGACCAAGAAGGCCACAGAGGAGUUAAUGUGUCAGGGCUGAUCCAGCUGAGAUCUUUCUUUUAGGAUGUAGGAUAGGACAGACUCAAACACACAUGGAUAUGUGUUGCAUAUGUUAUCUCUCCUGGUAUCCAAACAUGGAUAUUGCAGGUGUUUUAUUUCAUUAUUCAUCCGAGCUUUUUCAUUUGGCCUUUUUUUUAAUGUUUUUUUAUUCUGGUGACCCCUGUAUUCUUUAUUCUGGGUGUGGAAAAUAUGAACAAGAUAGAGCUACGUAAAGUAGCAAAAACUUAUAAGAGACACCUUUUAUUGAAUUAUAUUUAUUUCAAAUGUAUAUAUAAAUGUUGUGCAAUAUAUAUAUAUAUAUAUAUAUAUAUAUAUAAUAUAUAAUAUCUACAGGUAUGCAUUUCUUGAAAUGAAUUUAAAAAGGUAUAAAGUUCUAUGAGGAUAGGAUCAAAUAUA